AGGUGGCAGUUGUAAAGAAGUUUUAUUUACCAAUUAUACGUCUUCACUCUUAACAGAGUAUUGCAGGUUGAAACAAGAGUGAAGUUAUGUCCGUUGUGGAGAGGUGGUUGUUGGUGGUGGUUAGUUUGUCGAGAUAAUGUCGUGCGUAGACGUAAAAGUUGAACCUCACUCAACUUUUACGUUUACGCACGACACUUCAUACAUUGACUCUAUUUUAUUUGCGAACGUAAAUUUUAGGCACGUAUGCGCACGUAAAAAUUAUGUGCGUAAAUGAAAUAGAGGCUAUGUAUGAGGCCAAGCGUAAACGUAAAAGUUGAACGAGGUUCAACUUUUACGUGUACGCGUGACUUUCCGUACAGUCUCUGUUUUAUUUACGAGCGUAAAAUGUACGUGCACGUGCUUGUACACGUAAAAACUACGUGACGGUGGAAAUUCACCUUUAGGGGAAUACCAGGGUCUAGCAUUCUUUAAAGAAACUGAGCGUUGCAUUUCUUGGAACUACAUUGAGUAGAUAACCUCAUGCAAAAUAUAAUGGAACACUUGUGGCUAUGUUUUUGAUUUCCUCAUAUUCAUCUCCCCCUUUACAAGAGUGGAAAUUGCUCCUGCUUUGCGAAAGAAGGGGCAGUGGGGAAGAGAGCUCUACACUGGGCUCCUGGCUGGGUCUAAUGUGAAGUGUGAACAUUACGGGUGUUCGUCGAAGGGGCUAUUUUGAAAGCGUAACAUUUAUAAGGGUGUCCAGGGCACGCUAUCUGAGGCAUUUGCUCCAACACGUCUAUUAUGAACACAGAAUUGACUAGAAAAAAAAAAAAACUUGAACCUGCAGAAGAGAACAAAAAAAAAUAUAUUGAAAAGUUGUAGAAGGCAAAAGGUUGUGCAAAUCAAAAAGAAAAGUCGAAUUUCAUUCUGGUAACUUUUUAAAACAGAAAAAGGACCACUUUUUUCAAGUUUGUGUCGAUUUUACAAAGGUGCUGUAAUAUCUUUAACAUAUAACGCCGGUGUUGAAAAUCGUCCAUAUUUGUGUUAUGUGGCGAUGAUUUUGUCAAUAAAUGGAGUUCUUUCCACAGUUUGUAGCUUGACGCCAAUAACCAAUUUCUUACACUUUUGUCUUGUAGAUGGUAAGAAGUCAAAGAAGCUCUUUGUAACUAUGACCAUAAAGAAUGUUACACUAAAUGAUGACAGUACGUAUGGUGCACUGGGAAAGUACGAGUGUCAUGCUUUUGCAGUUGGUGACCCUGUGGAGAGGAAACAUGGAUUUUACGUCAAUGUCAUUUUAAGUAAGUACAACUGUAUCUUGUUUUGGGAACAUCAUUUUGUGUAUCAUCAUUUUAUAUUGUGCACUGUUCAUUGUUCAUUGCAAAUAAUAUAGUCAAACCUCCUGAAAGCGACAGCCCAAAAUGCCAAGAUUUAGCGGUCGCUUACAGGAGGCGGUCACUUGCAGAAUCAAACUAAGUAAGUAAAUCGCCUUUACUUGUGCAUUAUUCAUGACAAGAGUACAAAAACACUUUUUCUUCCUACUCUUUUCUUUUGUUUCCCCUUGACCAAAUCAUACAAAGAAAUGCGAAACAAAACUAAGAGAAAUAUAUGUUUCUCUUCCAUCGCAGUAUAUACGUGUAUAUAUAUCAGCUUACUCCAAUUAAUAAUAAUAAUAAUAAUUAAUUAAUUACCAAUAUUGCGCCUUUUAACAUGCAAUGAUCAAAGACGCAUUACAUCAUGAAUCCUAAAAAAAUCUUAUGAAUUUUUUAAAGAAAAUAAAAUUAAAAAUACUAAGAGUUAAUUAAACGCUAGUUUAAAAAGAUAUGUUUUGAGUAAGGAUUUAAACUGUUGAACUGUUUUUGAUUUCCUUAACGAGAUGGGUAAGGCAUUCCACAAUUUGGGAGCAGCAACAGAAAAAGAUCUGUCUCUGAAAGAUGUCAACAUCUUCCCACGAGGGAAAUCUAGUAGUAAUCCAUUAUUUGACAGUACCUGAUUACAGAUAUUGGCCGGGCGGACUUAAAAGUAGCAUUCUUGUUAGUAAAAUUUCUUUAUCAAGAUAUAACAUCUUCUCCCUAGCCUGUGUACAGACGUCCCAUUUCUUUCUUACUCUCGCUUUUAUUGUCUGUUGCUUACGAAAUCUGAACGUUUGCAGCAGGCUACAUCCCACUUGUGUAAUUUUUAGACUUGAAAUAUCUUUUUUUAAGUUAGCUGAUGAAAGGUCCAUAGUCUGCGAAAUCAGCCGUCUCGCGCUCCUCACUCCUCGCCGCUUAGACCGCUGCGUUUGGCCAGGAGGGGCGUCUGCUCCUCAGCGACAAAAAUUCCGUACUGAUGACUUCAAUGUUUACAUAAUGAAGUCAUUGGGGCUAAAUUUAAAUUUGGUCGAUUUUAUGUUUCUCCUGGUCGAUUAUGGUAAAGGUCUGUGUUCUUAGGCAGCAAAACUGAAAUGCUUCUAGCUGCUAAAGAAAAUGUUCUGUUCAUCGCGUUUUAUACUUUUGACCUAUUGAACCGUUUGUGUUCUGUCUGUAGUUCGUAAACAAUAACUAAAACCUAUAACAACUACAUCGACCAAACAGAGCUCCUGACCAGAUUUUGGACAGAUUUUACAUCAUCAGUAUGAAAUUUCAGUCGUUCAGGAGCAGGCAUCCCUCCUGGCAAAGGGUGUGAAGAAAAACGGCUGUUUUCGCAGGCUAAAAGUUCCAGGGUAACGAGCUCAAACGUCACGUUCUUUUCUUUUUUAGAAACAGAAAUUCCCACAGUGACAGUGCCUGAAGUCAUUGUGCUGAGGCGUAGUGAAAACAUAACACUCGCUUGUAACUUGACAGAGGGCGAAGAUGGCGGUAAUACAGGACUGAACAGGAUUUCCUGGUAUAAAGAUGGAGUGUUGAAGAGAACUUUACGAAAUCCUGAGCCAGGAAACCCCCAAGGCUCUCUUGAACCUUUGAAACUCACCAAUGUAGGAGUCAAAGAUGGUGGAAAUUACACCUGUCUUCUAAUAGUGCUAUUACGUAAUAUAGCAGACAAAAAAUACAGUGUGUCUGAUAGCACUAUGGUUGAAAGUGAGUACACUCUACUUGGUAUGUCACACAGGACAGAGUGGGGACAGGAAGGGUAAUCCCUAUAAAAGCCUAUAAGGGAAGGGUCCGCCCGAAAGCGGUCCCUUUUUCCGGCGUCAGGUAUAUGAAAGGGUAGGGAAAUUUGUCUUUUUGGUCUGUAAAAUGACCUAAAAAGGCUGCAGGAGGAUUUUAUGGCUGCGAAAAAUUUGAGAAAAUUUCCUAGUUUUAUGAUUUAUUUAUAUUCAAAAGAAAGUGCUUUUAAAGCAGUGAAAAGGGAAGGAAAGAUAUGUGAUAGGGGUACGUAUACAACUUGUCUAUGGAAGGUAUACAAAAAGGCCGAGGUUAGGAAUUUUAAUUUCAAGCAAAGGGGAACAAGAUUCAGAAUCAUUUUCAUGAACGUAACAUUGCGGAAGUACAUGGUGGUAUUGGUAAGAUGCGAGAACUGGAAAAUAUUAAUUGCUUCCAAGAACCAAGAUCAGGCGAGAAAGUUGCUGCAUUUUCUUCCGAUGUCAGCAAGAAAAAAAAUGUUUGACUUGUCAACAAGUUGCCUACAUUAUCCUUGACUCUAGCACGUAGUUGUUCCGUAAGUUUACUUCACUUCUUCACUUCUUCCUGCAACUGGGUUUUCGAGGGUGAGGAUAUCGAAUAUCGGAGAAUCUGACAACCAUAUCGGAUAAACAUCCCCAAGGGCCAUGCUGUCUGAUGUAUAUAUAUGGAUUAAUACCAAGACUUUAAACUAUAAUUUGUCGCUUUCAAUUAGUUGCUGCUUGGCUUGAUAAGCAAAAAGUGGAUCCUGAAUAUCAGGGCUACAAAGGACGCAAUGUGUCCUUGGAGUGUCCAGCCAAAGGCUUUCCUCUACAUGUGGAAUGGAAAUUUAAGAAGAAAGGAGAGGACAAAGUGAGGUCCUGCAUCGGUAUGUUUCCCAGUCAUUUUGCAUUGAAUUGGAAACAGGCUUUACACAAUUUUAGACAAUUUUACUUCUUAGAAAUUUCAUAAGUCAGGUGGAUUACGAUCAGCGUGGUCCUGAGUAGGACUCUUGCUAAGAAUGGACGUUUCCAGUUUUAUAGAAAUUAAGACGGAAUCCAUCUGGGAAUUGAGUAAUUUAUAUUUUCAGUGGACAAAAACUUUGCACCAGAAUAAUUCAAACAAUAUCGCAUUCUUUUUUAAUUAUAUGCUUCAAGGGCUAUAGACUGAUGUAAUUAGAUAUCUGUAAUAACACCGAAGAAACUUUCUUAUGAGAGCCCGAGAAAAUAAAUGUCAAAUUUCAGAAUUUUACCUGUGUUUUCACAAUUCUUGUGAAAUUUGACAUUUAGGAUUUUCUUGAACUCCCAUGAGCAUAGUCUUUGGUGUGAUUACGGAUAACUAAUUACAUCUAAGUCUCUUGAAAAAUGUAAAAAGGAUGCAAUAUUGUUUAAAUUAUUCUGGUACAAAGUUUUGGUCCACUGAAAAUUGAAAUUACUCAAUUUCGAUUCCUGAUGGAUUCCGUCUUAAUUGGUAAUGCAGACAUGGUGUAAGAAGAUGAAGCCAAUACUAUAGCAUGCGCAUGGCAGACGCAAUUAAAAAAGAGGUGGGCAAGGGGGGAGAAAGACACAAAUCCCCAAUUCCUCUCCCUUUCCCACCAUUCAGGCGCCUGUCACGCACGCUAGAGCUUAACCCUUUCAAUGCCAAAUUUAGCCAAAAGCAAAUUUCAACCAAAUGUCUAAAUGUCAUUUUGUAAAAUUUUGAAAAACAAAGAACACCAUGUGUAAGUACAGCCAGAGAGCUUUCAUUUGAAUGGUCACAUCAUAGGAUUUCGUCCACAGACUCAAAAGUUAGAGUCACCAUGCAAAACGUCAUCAAGGACUCUGGCAGUGAAAGAGUUAAGGAAGACCUACACGGCCAGAUCUUGACCCGGAUUCUUUCGUAUAUAGGCACCUGGCCGACCGUAUUGCUAAUCCUCCCUGGACGGUAUGGCAGUCUAUCAUGGGGUUAUCUUAAUUAGUAUAUGUCACCAGUAUAACCAUUUUUAUAAAAUAAUUAAGAUAUAUCUUAAUUAUAAAAGAAAUAGACCACACUUUCUAUGGGUUUACCGGCGUGAUAUCCCUCUUGGGUUGGUGGAAGAACGCUCGGGCUCGAGAUUUACAAGCUUUUCUCGUGUUCUCCCAACAUCAUUCCGCGAGGGUUAUCACGCCUGUAAACCCAUACAAAGUGUGGUCUAUUGCUUAAAUACACCUGGGCGGAGAGAAACAUUACGGAUUAGUGUAUUUAAAACCAAUAAAACGAUUAAGUAGGGUUGGUUAACAGUACAGGCGCUGUAACUGGUCUAGCAUAUUUACCAACCGGAAACAAACGGAGCCGCUACUACAGGGAAAAUCCCCCGGGGGUACUCUCGCAUAUAAGCCAUAUAGGUAUGUGCCGCCCCAACGGGUAGGGUUUUUGGGCCUUUUUGAUCUGAAAACGGGUACACACUUUGCCCAUUUUGGUCUGGAAUAGGAUAUGGUUUACGAGAGAACUACGGGAGUGUGUGAACGUAGUUAUCGUUUCAAUUCCAAAUGAAUAAGAACGAAAUAAAAAGAUGCGAAUUAGAAAUGCAUUUGGCGAAUUAUUUUGUUUGCGCUCUAAUUUAAGUAAUAAUGACAUAAUAUCUGCCUAAAGGCCAGGUCUAAAAAAGGAUAUGGAUUUUAGAGGUCUGGUCUAAAAAAGGGUGUGGAAAAUGACAUUUUUUCGGUCUGAAAUAGGGUCGGGAUUUGUAGAACCGGGUGGCACACCACCACCAAGAAUUCCCAGGAGAUGCCUUGAUGAUGAAAUGUGCUAGUAAAUAAUAUCUGCGUGCUUUCAGUACACACGAAUUUCACUUGUAGGGAACGGUGAAAAAGCAUAAACUCCUACUGCUACUUAUUCCUUUGUUUUAACUCGGUUGACAAAAGUUUUCUGUGAAGUCAGCCGGUAGAUCGUCUCUGCCUUUUCCCUUUCUUUACCUAAUUAGUUCUUUACACUGGACGUUAUUUACUUUUCUCGACGUCAUAUAAAAACGGCGUGCCUAAGGGAUAACCCAGUCCUUUUAUUUCCAACAGAUGCAUCAGAUGGUAAAUACCGUAUACACCGCGAGGGAAUUUAUGAGCCUUAUUUCCUGACCGUGACUGACUUGCAGUACUCUGAUCGGGGAUCUUAUUACUGUUGCCUUCCCUCUAACUGCUCAGAUAGCGUCGAGGGGAACUGCCAGCGUUUUGUUCUUCGGGUAAGAGGUAAGUACUAGAUAUGCACCCUCGGUCGUGCAUAUCUGCAUGUCUCCAUAGUUGAAUCUACGAGCUUCUACGCCGGAUCGUGUUAAACCAUACAGCCUGUUUAUUUUCUAAAAGCAGAAAACAACGUCGCUCUGUUGAGUAAAAAAAUAUCCUGCGAAUAGGGAUACCCCUCGCUACUCACCGCCGCCCCUCCUCGAUCUUUUCUCCCCACUGCACAAGUCUUUUUAAUCUUUUCUUUAGUGUGAGAGAGGAGGUUUCUCAAACGAAUGUGAGGUCACUGUAUCAACUCUCUACGAAAUAGGUGGAACCUGGAAAGUCAGGGAAUCUAAUAAUUUCAUUUUUCUAAGCUUGGAAAGUCAUGGAAUUCAAUUGCAAUUGUCGGUCCUUGAAAGUCAUGGAAAAUUAAAGUUUUGUUUGAUAGAUAAGUUACCGCAGAUGACAAGGCAAGGACAAUGUAAGAAAGAGAGGAGUAAUUAAACAGUUCAAAAGGCGCGCAUUUUUGCUGGACAUCAGAGUUUGUGUCUUUUGAACUGUUUAAGGUCAAAAAAUACUCUAAAACAAGAAACGUUUUUGAAUUUUUGAAACUGGAAGCUAAACCUAAGGUCUUUGAAAACUUGAAAAGGUCAUGGACAAAGUCAUGGAAUUUGAAGAGCUUAAAAGAGUACGGACCCUGUCUACUUCAAUAAAUUAAGGACCUUAAGAUCCGCGGAUGGCGACGGCAGAGAAAACGUCGCUGAAAAAGUGAAUUCGCGUUCUUUAAAUUUUCAUCACGAUUACUCCAAGUUACUAACUUUGUCAAAUGUAGGCGAACCCUCCUAAAGUUGAAUUCCUAAGAACCAUAUCCAAGUUCAGAAGGAGAGAGGAAAUUUCGUCGUCGCUUCAGUGUACUUCCUCUGUACAUCGUGAAAUUAGGCAUUUUCACGUCGUAGUCGUGCAGUGACGGCAUAGAAAUGUACAAAAAAGCGUGCAAAAUUGUUGUUUUGCUAAUUAAACCUAUUGCUUUUAGGGUGUUCCCGUUGCCGUCACCGUCGUCGGAUCUUAAGGUCUAUAUAUUUGAGAGAAAGGUCUCCCCCACACAUACCGGGUGAGUUGAGAAAAGUCUUUAGGAGUCCCAUGGUUAAUAAGUCUGUCACUUUGUUUGAUUCCAGAUCCUCUGGGUCCUCUGUGGCCCGUUAUUGGCAUCAUUGUUGAAGCCAUUGUGCUUUUCCUGAUUAUCUUUAUGGCAGAAAAAAGGGGGAAAAAGAAAAAAAGAGGUACGAAAGUGAUUUCCAGCUAUUGA